GAUGUAACGCCACUGUUAUCAUUAAAUGAUUAACUAAACAGUAAUCAACUUCGAGUGUACAGAGUAGAAAUAUUCGAUCACAGCUUGCUUGGCUAACUGAUAUACCAGCACAUAAUUCGCCUUAGUUUUAAGGUUAAAACUCGUUGUUUCAGAUGGUUUAUUUUUAGAAAGUUAACAGUACUGGUAUCAAAAAUGACAUUUAAUCCAAACGAACACCAACACUUAAGGUACAAUCCCUUGAAAGACGAAUGGAUUUUGGUUUCCCCACAUAGAGCUUUAAGACCGUGGAGCGGUCAAACUGAAAUACCAGCCGUAGAAAGAGUAGCACGUUUUGACCCCACAAAUCCUUUAUGUCCUGGGGUGGUGAGAGCCUCAGGAGUGCAAACUCCCAAAUACGAAUCCACUUAUGUAUUUACAAAUGACUUUCCCGCUUUGCUUGAUGAAGGGCCGGAACCUGAAGAGUCAGAGGAUCCGCUGUUCCAGACUAAAAGUGCUAAGGGCACUUGCAAAGUCAUGUGCUACCAUCCCUACUCAGAUGUGUAUUUAACUAGUUUGUCAACGAAGGAAGUAGUGGAUAUAAUAAACGAAUGGGUGAGACAAACACAAGAGCUGGGUAAGAAAUAUCUAUGGGUUCAGUUGUUUGAGAACCGAGGGCAAAUGAUGGGUUGUUCCAAUCCCCAUCCUCAUUGCCAAAUCUGGGCAUCCAGUUUUUUACCAAAUGAAGCCAGGAUUAAAGAUGAUAAUUUGAAAUCCUACUUUCAAAAGCACGGAAGGCCUCUACUGCAAGACUACGUAGCAAAAGAAAUAAAAAAACAGGAAAGACUAGUAGCCGAAAACAAUGAAUGGAUUGUAGUGGUCCCUUACUGGGCCAUUUGGCCGUUUGAAACAAUGAUUUUGCCAAAAAAACAAAUCGAACGCUUUUCCGAUACCGACGAAGUUCAAAGAGAAGCAUUAGCCCGAAUUCUUCAAGUAUUGGUAGCCAAAUACGACAAUUUAUUCAAAUGCAAUUUUCCCUAUUCGAUGGGAUGGCAUGGAGCCCCUACCGGUCCUCAGCUCGCAGAGUCCCAUCCACAUUGGACUUUUCAUGGUAUCUACUUUCCUCCUCUACUGCGAUCGGCAACAGUCAGAAAGUUCAUGGUUGGGUAUGAACUUUUGGCUCAAGCCCAAAGAGAUUUAACUCCUGAAAAGGCAGCCGCAAUGCUGAGGGCGCAAGAUGAUACGAGAUUUCAAUAAACAACAAUCUCAAUGUUAAUUAUUGUUAUUAAAUGGUUGAUGACACUUGAAAA